ACAGGGAGUAAGCAAAUGAUUGAUAGUGAAGAACAACAAACAAGCACUUCUCAGAUUUUGGAUGAUGCCCAAUUGCCGUUAAACCAUGGCACCCAGCUUGAGGACCUUGCUGGCGGCACCCGACCCUCAGGCUGCCUCAAAGUGUUCAUUCAGAGGGACUACUCACAGGGGACGUCUGUCAAAUUCCAGACCAAGUUUCCGCCUGAGCUGGAAGGCAAGAUGGAGAAUAAUGUCUUUGAGAACACAAUCAACGACAUCAAUGCCAUGUUUGUUGAGGCAGAGAAGAUGUCUUGUGGCCGCUACUGUGAGGGCUGCCUUGGCUGUCUGACUGCUUACCUGGUCUUCUUCUGUAUGGAAACCCACUAUGAACAGAUGAUGAAGAGGGUGACCAAGUAUGUGGCGGAGCAGAAUGAGCGUGUCUGGACCCCCCGCGGCCUCCUCAUCACCAACCCUAUUGAACGUGGACUAAGAGUUAUCGAGAUUAGUAUAUUAACAGAGCCGGCAACCACCAGAUCGCAAUGAGGCGUGAUGCUCCCACCUGCUGUACAGGAUCCCCGCCCCUCACAUCACCCUCACCACCCCAUCACCCCGUCACCCCAUCAUUAGCCUGUCAUAGCUCAUAUGAUCAUCCUUCCCACAUUUAUAACAUUGUAUUGAAUAUUCUAUGUAGAUAUAAGAUAACUGUCACUACAGGAAAUGAAAGAGAGGGAGAGAGAGAGAAUAGAGAAGUGUACAUUUUCACCACAGAGCAUUUAAUGUAUAUUUUACCACUGACACACACAGGCAGCAGGAAUCCCAAAGCCUGACCACAGAGGCUAAUGACUCAGUUUGGUUAUAGCUCCUUCUCCUCUUGCUGCUUUCUGUAGCCUGUUUCACACUUCCAUACAUGUGGAUAGAAGGAAAUGUGCCUGCUGUUUUUUAUACUAUUUAAAUUUGAGGAAGUAUGUCUGCAGCAUUUUUACGAGGAUCAAUAUUGCCUUUCUUACCUAGCUAGUGAAACAGGUGAAGGGCUUUGAACUCUUGUCAGUGUGUGUCUGCCCAGACCUACAAAGCGAGCCACUCGUGAUAUCCCAAUGUGCUCGUAAGGGAGAAAGCAUUACAUUAGGUCUGACUUCUUUCUCGAUGGCUGGUCUUUUAACCACAAAGAUAAAGAUGGUGGACUGGAGAAUGACCAGACACAGUAUUCACAGGCCACUUAUUCACUUUGACUGUGUGUUCAUUUCAUCAUGGACAUCUCAGCCAUUGGGAAAACUACAUAAUAAUUGUUCAUCAGUUCUGCAAUGAUGAUCUUCACUGUGCUCUGAGAGUUUUAGGCAGCCAUCGAGAGAAUCUGGGAUGGGAAUUAUGUAUCUUCUUACCUACUGGAGUGUAUGGUGCCAUGUCAUGGUUCAGCAAGGGCCUUGUAUCCCAUCUGUUUGUUCUUAUUAGCUUUUCACCGUUAUCUUUCAGCAGUGAGUUUGUGUCUUGAUAUAUGUGUGGUUGUGUGUAUGUGUGUUUGUGUAUGUGCGUGUGUAUGUGUGUUGGUAGCCUGUGUUGAGAAGCCUCAGUGUCAUCAGUGUUGUAAGUUCUCCCAAUCAAGUGGUUUUCUCCAUUGUUUACCAUGAACUGACCCCAGAUAUUCCUGCUGUGAUGCUGCUGCUGCUGCUGCCGCUGCCUUGCUGUGGCUUGUUUGUGAGGGACAGAGGAAUAGUUAAUUUUUUAUUAGGUUUAUGAAGCAAAAUGGGUUCCUGUCUCAGCUUUAUUACGGUAUAUCUCUUUCAUUUUCUAAAAUUUAAAUCCCAAGAUCUCUGUUCUUGAUUUCCAGUAACCUUGUCUUUAUACAUCCUGCUCUGCAUUCUGUGUACAUAGGCAUAGAUCUAGAAAAGAUAGUUUUAAUUUUUAUAUAAUUUAUUAAUGUGGAUUAAAAUUGCAUCCUAAAUAUAAUUUAGCAUAAUAAGUGAUAUUGAUAUUUAUGUGUUAACUUGACCUCCUGUGUGUGUGUGUGUGUGUGUGUGUGUGUGUGUGUGUGUGUGUGUGUGUGUGUGUGUGUGUGUGUGUGUGUGUGUGUGUGUGUUUGCUUGGUCACAAUCAGAGCAGCACAAGAGAUCAGCAAACCCAGAGGCCUCACAGUGAGAGGAGUCUGGGUGGCAUGUGCAUACUCAUCAUUAGAGGUGUGAGAGCAGCCCAAGUGUGCAUCUGAGAUCCACUCACUGGGAACUGUUAUUGUGCUUCCUCUCAGGUAAUGGUAUUGUGUGGCCACUCAUUAGAUUCAGAACAAAGAAAUGGUCAGGAUCUUCUUACAAUAACAUUUAAAAAUUGGUUAUCUAUCAUGUCAUAAUUGAUCAGAAUUACCUAAUAAUAUUGUAUGCUUUUAUUUCCAUAAACACUUAUGGAUGAUAAUGUUUUAAUUUAGUUGUGUUUGUGUAGGAAAGUUUUGCUUUAAUUUUUAUGGAGCUCUUAAGUGAUGGCAAUAUGUGUGCAGAUUGCAGUAUGUUGCCAUUCAGUUAUUUUGAUGUCAUGUUUUAUAUGAGAACACAGAAUAGUAUGUAUCCUUUAUUUGUGUUGAGGAUGGAUGAUGUUUUGUACUUGCAGUGUGAAGGAAUCUGCUAAGCAUUCCAGGUAGGCAGGCAGCAGUGUGGUCCAUCAGGUGUGGGCCACUCUCUGCCUUGCCCACUGCUGUUUGCAUUGAAUGUGAUGUGUUCCCUUUAAUCUGGUAAUAUGAAUUGAUAAUCAGUGAACUUAUUGUUGUACUAGAAUACUUGAUGAUUAUUCUUUGCAAUAUGGUAAUAUGGAAUGAUAAUCAGAAGGUAAUGAUUCUCACAUUAGAACACUUGCAAUCAUUUUGGGGCCACCUGUUGGCACCAGACAUAAGUUAUGAAACAAAAUCUUCCCACAGAAUUACACCUUGGAGCCAGAUUCAUCAGCAUUGGCCAGACUAUGACCACUCUAGGCUGAGUGCUGAUUUAGGGAGGGUAGGGAUGGCAUGAUUGUGGUAUGACUGGAGGAGCAACAGUAGCAUGCACACUUGACUCACCUUGGGACCACACUGUCUGUCUUGGUGUGUUUAUCCUGUUGUUGUCGUGGAGAUUGGCUGAGAACUCAUAGGCUCCUCUCACUUGUAGCCAGAGCCCUUAUGAUUAUUAUUAAUAUUUUUCUCAUUGUCAUCACUCCUGAGGGGUUAGCCUUAGCUUAUGGAAAGAACAUUUUUGUACUUUCGAUAUUGAAGCAACACUAUAGGGGAGUGAUUGGGUGGUAGUUAGCAGUGUCAACCUAGACCAUGACAAAACUGAGUGAACAGCAUCCCUUGUUACAUUGAAAGUUUGCUGUUAUGGUCCUGAGUUACAUAUUUAAUGUCUCAUUAGAUGCAGUAAUUACAAAUUUGUGCAUGGACUGAGGGCAGUGUUUCCUUCUUUCUAAGUGUGUGCAAGAUUUGAACUUUGAUGAUUUCUUGUUUCAGUAUUCUUUUGACAUUACUGCUGUAAUACUUAUUGGUGAGAAAAGUGUGUAUAUUGUUGCUGAUUGUUGAUCUAUAUAGCCUUGUGGAUGUUUAUUUCUUACAGCUUCAUGUUUCUCAUUGAGUUCUGUCCCUUAGCUGACUCCUGACAUUUACCUCCCAUCAUGCAAUCUGAAAUAAAUGAAAAUUCUAUAA